GCUCACCGCAACAUUCUCAACAUUCCAAAACCUUCCCCGCCUUUUCAUCCCCCAUGCAACGCCCCCGUCCUAUACAGCCAAUCCCUCUCCUCAACGAUACCCUCCGCAAGAAUAUGCCGUCAUUCCAGCACGUGCGGCCAGCCCUGUACCACCGCGCCAGGCACCAUGUGCGACAUAUUCACAGCCGUCGGUGCCGCUCGCCGCGGAAUAUCUGCUUAACUGUACCGUUUGCGGAUCCCAUGCUGCGUCGCACCACCCUGAACCUUCACGUUGAACACGACAGUGGGAGCUGAUUGGGCGGAAUGCUCCCGGCGUCUCCGGUGGUGAAGGGCGAGGAGUCUGGAGGUGUUUGUCAGGUCAGUCGCGAUCACGGACCGCUCGUAAGAGAUAGCUGCGUAGCAAAAGUUAUAUAUAUACUUUGUUGGGACCUGACUUUCACGCCUCUUAUCAUCCUCAAUCUAUCCAUUCACGCCCCUCGACCCAGAUAUAAGGCCUUUAUCGCCCUCUCCUUCUACUUCUACUCUCAACCCCCAGCACAUCGGCACAACCUCGAGCAACACGAUGCUGCUCGCCGCUCUUAUCCUCGGCGCCCUAGCUGCGCUCGCCAACGCUGCCGCGCUCAGCGGAUGCCGCCAGUGCUGGGACGGCGCGCCUGGUACGUAGUCCGCAGUCCACUGUCUAGCUGUCUUUUCUUUCUCUCACAGGGAGCGCUGCGCUGCGAAAGCCACGCACGCAAGUCAAGACUCCCGUUCCUCCAACCGAACCCGAGGCCCUCCCUCCUCUUCAUCGAUCUCCUCCCUUUCAACCCUCAUCCUCGCACGUAACGCUACCAUCCACUAUUGCUCUGCUAACACACACCCUCCCUUCGCAGACUUCACCCCCUACCUCGCAGUCUACUUCCUCGCCAACACUGGGCCGGGUAAACUC